GGCGUUAUUGUGCGUCCAAAGCCGCGUUUGUGACUCUGUGUCUUUCUUCUCUGCUGACUCCGCGGUGCCCGGCCAGCGUGGGGUGGGCGGGAUCGCGAGGGUCUGCUUCCACCAUCACGACCUGCACUCUGCGUUCUUGACUUGACCUGAACUCAGAGUCAUCCAGAACGCGUACCAGAACGAGCGCUUCAUUGUUGAAUCAGCCGGACUCUUAAGGAGUUUGAGGUCCACGCCAACCAAAGACCAAUGGACGGAAAUGCAUGACCCGCAUCUUUCCCGUCAGGCGUCAGCGCGAUGCCUGAAACGCAGCUUCUCGACCCGCCUAGUCACAUCUUUCAUCAGUCUCCAAGGCUUUACCUGGACCUGCUCCAGAGGCGUGCCGUGGAGGACCAGGUCGACCUGUGGUGGUUCCGAGAGCCACGUCGCUCCCUUAUGUGUUACUGCGCUUCAGUUGCCCUCAUAUUAGGUCUGGGCCUGGGUGGUGUGUGCCUCCUGACCACCAUCACCACCAGCAUGUCCAGCGAGUGGCGCCUGGGGGUGGGCACCACCCUGUGUCUCCUAUCACUGGCCGUCCUGCUCAAGCAGCUUCUCAGCUCCGCCAUCCAGGACAUGAACUGCGUGCACAGUCGGCGCCGAAUCGACCAGCUGAAGAGUGGUGGACGGGCUGACCCGGCACUGAUUCUGGCUGUCGGCAUGGCGCUGACGCUGUGUGGUACAGUUCUACUCUGUGUGACCACGAUCGACAAGGCCAGCAGCCAAGGGGAUGACGGUGCGGAAAUGCUGGCGUCGAGUUUGGUGCUGAUGGCGGCCGGACUUGGCAUGGUUCUGGCUGUAGUGGGAUACGGAGUGCUGGUCUACCUUAAGAGAAGAAGGGAGCAGACCAGGAGGGUGAACGCUAUCCGAGCGAGGAGGCUGGGAGUUGGGUCAGUCCGUGUGUUCUGUGUCUCAGGAGGCCAGCUAAACCAGAACAGAAGAGAGAUGGCCUCCAGCAGAACCAGUCUGAUUUAACAGAGUCCAAGCAUCCGUGCAUAACAAAGUGGACCUUUGGAAGUCACACGCUGUUCUCCGAGGCUUCAAUUUCUUCAGACUUUGAUUUAACCGGAUGGAUAAAUGGUCUUGGACUUAAUGGAUAUACAAUUACCCGCAAAUGUUUAACAUUUUCUGGAAAUAACAAGUCAGUUAUUUCACCGUCCAUGAUAUAAGCGUGUAACAUGUUUUAAC